AUGAUUCACACAGAAAUGACUCCGUCUUGGCCCAGUUUGGAAAAACAAGCGACGUGGGAGAAACAGGACAAAAUGAAACAGAAAGCAUACUUCGACGGACACCACGGUGCUCGCUCUGUUGAACCUAUUCCACCUGGGACAACGAUUCAGGUAUGCUACGCAGAGAAAUCCACGAGUUCAGCUAGCCAGAGUUUCAACAUGGGCUGUUUGAAGAAAGAGGUUUGUGAACUUUUUGAUGAGGAGAUCAUCGGGAAAAGAUCAUUGCGGGCAGUGGGAAAUUCCCUUUGUCACGAAUGCUGUGAGAAGCCUGGAUGUAGCACAUCAGCGUUGCCCGCGCCCAGGGAUUGCUGGGAUCUACGCAGUGUCUAUAACAUAACAGAGGAUGGGAUAUAUCAGGUGCUGUCCCCUAGUGGUAGUUAUGUGAAUCAUCGCUGUGACAUGACUACAGACGGAGGUGGCUGGAUUGUUUUCCAAAAGAGGUACAAAGGCAGCGUGAACUUUGACCAACCAUACACAAAGUAUCAAACUGGCUUCGGCGUGCUUUCAGAUGAGUUUUGGAUGGGAAAUGACCUUCUGCACGAAUUUACCAAAGACAAUAACCAGAAAUUACGGGUUGACAUUUGUGAUUGGGGUUCCGCCAAGCGCUUUGCCGUCUAUGACUUCUUCUCGGUCGGGCCACCUUCCGACUCUUACCGACUAAUGGUGGCCAGUUACCAUGGCGACGCGGGCGAUUCUCUCAUUACCGGAAGUGGCGGCAAUCAGUUCCACAACAACCGCUGUUUUUCGACGUCAGACGUAGACAACGACAUAUCCACUAGGCACUGCGCGAGAGAAUUCCGUUCAGGCUGGUGGUUUGGGGACUGUUUCUCUGCAAAUCUAAACGGAAACUAUCAAUUUGCUGGCCCUGUAACAGCGGGAGCUGGGCUACAAUGGCGACUUUGGAGGGAGAAAUAUUCUUUCAAAGGAACAGAGAUGAAGUUCCGACCUCGCUCAGCGACUCCCACUUCUCACGAGCCGUUCCACUGUCCUGUGCAUUAAAGUUAAAGCUUUGUUACUAAGGACAUUUUGUUUCUCUACCUUCUUUGGAAGAAAUAAA